AUGACGAGAAAACAGCUCGAAAAUAACUGCGUAGAAUUGGUGACAGUAAAUGGAAGACCAUUCAAUAGAUCAUUUCUUGGAGUAAAUAUUCAAUACAUUAAAGGAACAAAAAUUAUAUUAAGAACUUUAGCAUUAAAGGAACUACAAGAGAAACAUACAGGUGAAUAUAUAAAAACAAUUCUUAAAAAUGUAUGCUUUUCCUUUAACAUAUCCUUGGAUCAAAUAUACAGUAUAACAACCGAUAAUGGCGCCAAUAUGUUAAAAGCAGUAAGAAUAUUAACAUAUGAAGAUGAAGAUUGUGACAACAAUAUUUUAGAAGAAAAUGAAAACAACAUUGAUUAUAAUUCAGAAGAAAAUGAAGCUAACGAAUAUGAAAUAGAUAACUUAAGCGUUUUCGAAAAUAUUAAUGUUAUUGAAGAUUUAACUUCUAAUAAUGAAACCAGUAUUUUAUCUUUGACUGGUAUUAGGUGUGCAGCUCACACACUGCAAUUAGCAGUUGAUGAUGCAUUAAAAAGAGCAAAAUCUAUAUCACAGUUAAUUUUAAAAGCUAGAAAUUUAGCAAAAAAACUCAGAACUCAAACAUUUAUAUAUUUAAUAAGGAAACAAAACUUAAAAAAACCCACACUUGAUUGUCCAACUCAAUGGUGUUCUAUAAUAGAUAUGCUUGAAAAUUUAUUAUUAUUACAAGAUUAUUGUGAAGAGCUAUCUGUAACAAAAUUUCAAAAUUUCGUAACAUUAAAAGAUGAUGAAUGGUCAAAAAUUGAAGAAAUAUGUGCAGCAUUGCGACCGUCAAAAAUUUGUACCAAAAGACUUCAGGAAGAACAACUGACUCUCAGUGAAUUUUUUGGGUUUUGGUUUGAAACAAAAGUAGCAACAGAAGCACUACAAACUCCUUUUUCUAAACUCAUUGUUGAACAAAUGUUUAUAUGGAUCCUCGAUAUAAAGUAUUAUUAG